UCCUCUCUCUCCCUCUUAAAACUCCCUAUUUCUCUUCUCUCUCUCUCUCUCCCUCUUAAAACUCCCUAUUUCUCUUCUCUCUCUCUCUCUGCCCUCCCUCUCCAGUCAAGCCAUGAUUUCAAGGAAAAGAUCAAGGGCACGGUGGAGAGGAUCAUGAACCCUCGAACGCUCUACGCUUUCAAGGAGAAGGGCGUACUCAGCGACUCCGAGUUCGUCAUCGCCGUCGACAAUCUCAUCUCCAAGUGCCCUACUUGGUCCUGGCACUACUCCCACUUUUCUCAAAACCCUACCUUUGGUUCUCCCUCUCUCUCUCUUUCUCUCUAAUUUGUUGACUUUUGUAGGGAGGCGGGGGAAUCGAGCAAGAGGAAGUCCUAUUUGCCUGCUGAUAAGCAAUAUCUCAUCACGAGGAAUGGUAUUUGAUCAAACCCUAGAUCUCAAAAUCGCCUCUUUUUGAGUUUUCUUGAUUCUGUUAACGGUAUUUGUUGAUUUUUGUUUUUUGUUCGGAAUAUGAUUAUAGCUUAAGGGGUUUUGGUAGUUUUGUUGCAGUUUAAGGAGUUCAAGUUGGGAUAAUUUGCACUUUGGUGCUGCAAAGUUGUCGUCUUUUUGAGCUUUGGUGACGCAAAGUUGAGUUCAAUAGGAGAUAUUUUUCCCUCUUCAAAAGAGAUUCGUGGACUUAGAAAUGUGAUAAACUUUCUAAUCUGUUUUCAGUAAGAUUUUGUUAUUUAUGAUAAAAUGGUCACCUUUAUAGCUUUAUAUCUUCGUUAAAUUUUUUUAGAAGAUGCUCAAAGAAUUUGAUAAAGAGAGCCCAAAACUCAGUUUAAUUAGUUCUUAAGUUAUAUAACAAAAUGUUGCGUCAAAGUCCUUUCAUGUAGCUUUCAAAGUCCCUGUUGGUGACACCCCCUAUGGCCCUAUGUCAGGGCAAAAAGAGUUCAGUUGGUUGAUAAGGAUCCAGAGAGAGCAAUUGCUCUGUUUUGGGCCGCAAUCAAUGCUAGAGACAGUUGACAGUGCUCUCAAAGACAUGGCCAUUGUUACAAAGCAACAUAAUAGAGCUGAAGAAGCCAUUGAAGCUAUCAAAUCCUUGAGAAAUCGAUGUAUCGAUCAAGCACAAGAAUCAUUAGACAACAUUCUUCUAGAUCUCUACAAGGACCUAUCUACUGAAGCUGCUGAAAAUCUGCAAGAGUACUUCAGGACAAUGUAUAAAAAGGUGACAGAAGCUGAUAUUGAGGAAUUCGAAGCUAACUACAGUGGAUCAGAUUCAGAGAAGAAAGAUCUGAAGAACCUAUAUACCGAAAUUAAAGGCAACAUGAACAUGUGAUUAAAUUUUUCAUGAAAGGCACUUAUCCUCACCUAAAUCUGGGAAGUAUCCAUUUCCUUUCAUUGUCUUAACCAGUCUGCUUUCUUGGACUGAUUUUUGCAAUAUGUAUGCCUAACUGUACAUAUAGAAGUUACCGUCGGCUUCUUUGACAUUUAUUUUUUGCUACAGGCUUUUCUGUUCAAUGCUUUGUUCUGAGGCAAAGCUUGAUUCACAUCGUUUCAAGGUCUAAAUUUAGAUAUUUUGUAAUAAUAAUAAUAAGCUUGUGAGUUGAUUAUGAGUAAUAUUCAUGUUUGGUAA